AUGGCUCCCCUUACUAGGUCUGCUGCGUCUACGGGCCCAACUCGCCGCUCGCAGGCUCCACCUAAGGAACCCGAAAUUCUCAACAUUGACGAGGACGAAGGCGAGGAUGAAGAUCUCAUGGAUGAAGAGGAGGAAGUUUAUUACGAAGAUGAAGAGGGCGACUACGACGACGAAGAGCAGGAGAUGGACGAGACUAUGGACGAGACUAUGGACGACGUCAAUGGCGACGGUGCCUCGGAGUCAGGAUCCGUCUUCCGGGCAUCGGAGCGCAGUUUAAAAUCCAUGGUCAACUUCUCCAGCAGAGCUCAAGAUUCCCCUAAGCUAUUCACAGCUUCGGGUGCGCAAGAAGUACUACAACCCCUUCGCCGGACAGCCGACCGUGUCACGCGCCAGAUCGAGGCAUUCGCCGAGAAGCUCGAGCAAUUCAAACGCAAGAAUGCCACCGACGAAUUCCACAGCAUCCAGGCCGCUUACAAACUGGUCGAGAGCUACCGUGACCUAGCGCAAAACGCAAUUCAAGACAUUAACAAAGAGGCGACUCUCAGGCGAGCAAAGACAGGCUUCCGAUCAAGUGGAGUGCAGGAUGGGAAAGCAGACGAGGAGGUGCAGCGCUUGCAGCUCGAGGUCGAUACCUGGCGCCUCCUCCUUAACCUUAUUAGCAUCGACGACCCCGCCAGUCGGGCCAGUUUCAAGGAAGGACGCCAAUCGGCCUUCCAAAAUCUUCACCGGUACUCGACAGAUCGCGAAGUCUGGGAGGAAUUCUUGUCCGCGGAUCACUAUGCGCUCGAGUGCGUCAUCGCGAUGCGAUGGCUGGAGGAGACGUCAAAGACCGGCAACCAAGAUCUUGACAGUCUGAUCUUAGAUAUGGAGUCGCAGGCUGAACGAGGCCAAGGGCUGUGGGCACACGGGUGGCUAUUCACAAAGGAAGCGAUCAAGGGUCACAAGCGUCUACGUGCCUGGCCGCAGCCUCUAGAAUCGAAUGAUCCCAGCAUCACUCGCUCUCUCCUUAGUAACGACGAGCAGCGACCUUUGAUUACACAAUUAGACCCUGAUGCGCUUACCCGGCAAAAACGUGGCCUGCAGGGCCAGGACGAGUUCUAUGAGCGUGCCACUUGGAUGGCUUGCUGGAAGAUGCUCCGACAGGGCGAAAACUGGACCACAAUUCGCGAGUGGGCUUCGAAUCGUCUUGAAAGUUGGCGUGCCGUGAGUCUCUGUGGAUCCAGUGUGCACACUGGUACGAAGAACUCCAAAACCAGAACUCCCGUUGAUGAUGGGAUGACACGCUUGAUGAACAGCCGAUCCCAUGACUCCUGGCGCAGUGCUUGCGCUGCCCUGGCGCGCAGCCCGAACACCGACGAUUUCCAACGGGCUGUCUACGCCCUUCUCUGUGGCGAGAGCGAGCCAGCCGCGAAGGUCUGCCGCAGCUGGGAUGACUACCUUUACGUUUACUUCAACCGCGUUGUGCUCUCGCGCUACCAAGGAUUUUGCAAGCAGUUCCAGCGCAAGUUGAGCCAUUCUCCAACCACCCCUGUUGUGUUCCAGCCAGAGCCCGCUGGACAUACAGACCUUCAGAAGUUCUUCCAGUAUUUGCGGGGCAAUGAGCAAGUCGGCGGCGAGGCUCGCAAUCCUUUCCGCAACAUUCAAGCCGCAAUCUUGAGCAAGGGUUACGAUUCUUUCUUCUCACUUAUUGCCCAGGCUAUCUCUCAGGUCAGCGCCAGACACCCGGAGAAAGCUUCUAUCAUUCCUCCUAUGGUGCGUUCGCAAGUCGAUGAGGCAUAUCUCAUUGCUGCAGCCGAUGAGGAAUCCUUGAAAAUUGCAACACAUAUUUAUCUCAUUGUCAACUCAAUUGGCUAUGCCCGAGCGGAUACCCAGUUCAUGGAGACAGCGUCGGUUCUUGUGGCUGGCUACAUUACCAACUUGGAAGGCAGGGGCUUAUACGACUUGAUUCCUCUGUAUGCAUCCGUUCUGCCUCGGGAGAUGUCACACAAUGUCAUCUCGAGAAUCUUGAUCGAGAUCACCGAGCCCCGAGAGAGGAAGCAGCAAAUCCGCCUCUUGCAGAAGCACGGUGUGGACAUCAGCGCCGUUCUCGAUGCUCAAUGGGCGUGGCUCAGCACCGGUGUUUCCCAGAUCGACUCUUCAGGAAAGGUCACUGGAUACCCGCGAGUGGUUAGGCGGGAGAAUGGUGUGCGUGUACUGACGCCACCCAAAAAGGAUCUGAUCGGGACAUUUAUUGCAGAUGAGGACGAAAAGAUGAUUCGCAGCCUUGAGUGGCUUCGUUACGUGGGCGGCCAGUGGCCCAAGAUUUGCAAGCUUGGCGCUUGGCUGUACCGCAAGUUUUUUGUUGCCGGUAAACUCGCCGCCGCUCGGGAGUUGAGUCACCGCGUGCGAUUGGCGGAGCUUUCUCAAGAAUCAUUCGGAUUCGACAUCUUCCAAUUCCCCGUUUUCGACAAUGUCGUGGCCGAAGACUCCGCCCCUGCUAGUCCAUCCAAAUCCAAGAGGAACAGUGGCCAUUUCCAUCGUCGCAGUCUCUCUGGCAAUGGCAUUGGGAUCGCACCCGGCUCAGGCACUGACCACUCCCUCGCUUACCAGCAGUGCAUUCGGAUGUACAAUUUGGAGACUCUGGCUCUCGGCUUCGAUUCCCUGGAGCAGUUUGCUAUUGUGUAUGAUCAAAUCUCGAAAACCAAGCGGCGCCGCGAUUCUGGCACGGUAAAGAACCAUUUGCACGAACUGGAGGAACUUCUUCAAGAAGUCGAGAUGAACGUUGGACUCAUCGUUGACGAGUGGCUGAGCACAUCCAUCAAUGCCGACGAAGAACAAGACUAUGCAUACAUUCGCAAGACCUAUCUCCCCGAGCUGAUCCUCGACUACCACAACGCCUUGUACUACGCCAGCCACUCUCUUGAUAAGCCAACUCUGCUCACGCAGUGUAUGACGGUGUCGAUCUGGGUUGCGAACGUUCCACACCUGACCCGCGCCUUCACCGAGGCGCAGCGCAUGGCCGAGCUUAUGGAUGCAUUGGCCCUGGCUAGCAAGGCAAUGGUUCUUACUGAUUCGGAGGGAGGGGACCGCGUCUUCGAGAACGGUCAAACCCUGGGCAUCUGGAGAGUCAAGGUCCCUGAAGAUGAUGAGUCCGAUCUUCUUCAACAGAGCGAGUGA